AUGCAGAACUGGUCCAUUAACAGGGCUCCUAUUGUAUAUUUAGUCUCAGUUAAGCUCAAUCGUCGAGGCACACUCGGUGUAGUAGGCCCUGGUCGCUUCUACUUUGAAGUCCGUCAAAUUGAAUCCAGUGGUCUUGCUCGCGUUGGUUGGGCUCUCGAAACAGCUAGCCUAGACCUGGGCUCAGACAGUCUUGGGUACGGACACGGCGCUGACUGGGAUGGCUUCGGUAUCAACGGUAAACAGGGAAAGAAGCUGCAUGAUAAUGAAAUUAUGAACUAUGGAGAGCAUAAUCGAAAAGGUUAA